AUGGACGUUUUCAGCCUGCUAAACUUCUGGAGAACCACCGGUGCUGGCGGAGAUGUAACAGCUUCCGGAGACUUCGAUUCCUCAAUCGACGACGAAGAGUCGUUCUUCGAUCUGGUGUUCACUGAUGAGAACGAGUACAGUUAUGGCAGAUCUCCAAGUUUCAACGGUUUUAGCUUUUGUAGCCGUGAAUCGAACGCGAGUUUCAGGUUUUCAUCGCCAGAUGAGGUUUAUACGAACAAUAUUAACGAUAAGGCGAAUAUUUUCUCGUUUGAUUCACCGAAUUCGAAAACGCCUCACUCGCCUCUUCGGCUGGUGAUGCUAGGGUUUCGGAAUGAUCUGAAACUGGAACCGGAGAUAGAAGAGGUUAAAAUUGGAGCAUUGUUGAAGAGAGAUAACAGUUUGAGGUGUAAAUUGAUGACGGAGAAGCUUCUGGAAACGGAUCAGACGCCUUCGAAGCGGUUUUCGAAGGACGUUGUGAAUAAAUAUUUGAAUCGGAUGAAAGCUAAGGUUUCGAAACGGAGCGGUGAGAAAUCGAGGUUAUCGGAGAAAUCUGUUACUACGCCGUCGUCGUCUCCGGCGUCGUCGGUGUUUUCUCCAAGGAAAGAAGAGAAAAGAGGCGGUGGUGGCGGUGGCGCAGUGUUCCGAGAGGUUCGAAAGCGGUUAGGUAAGAGCCGUUCGGCGUCUGCAAUUCUGCAAACGCCUGUAACGAAGAAUGAUGAUUCCGCAUUAGAACAACAGGAUGGAAUCCGAGACGCUAUUCUGCAUUGCAAGAGAUCAUACAACUCGCCUGCACCAGAUUGUGUACUUUCUAGAUCUGGAAGUGCUCCAUCAAACAACCAGCCUCGAAUUUCAAUUGAAGAACUUGACAUUUAA